UUUCUGCCAAGUCCCUGGGGAGCAUCUUCUGGACUGGCAGUGCCCAAGGAAAACUUUCAGGGUUUGGCAUUCUCAGGCCCACCCCUUCCAGGCAGAGGCUCUGACUGCACCAGGCAGAUACAUGACCCCAGACAGCUAUGCCCCUUCUGCCCAGCAUCACGGGUCUGGCAGGCCUGCUUCUUUGGACAGGCCACACAGUGGAGGCCUUAAAGAUGCCCAACACCACCCAGGUCCUGACCUACCCCAAAGACAUAGCUGUGCAGCCACUGACUGGCCUAAGGGUACCCCGGUACCACUGGAAGCGCCACAUCUCUGCCCGGGACAUAAGUGCUUUACUGGAUUAUCACAACCGCAUCCGGUCCAGUGUGCGCCCACCUGCUGCCAACAUGGAGUACAUGGUUUGGGAUGAGCAGCUGGCCAGGUCUGCUGAGGCCUGGGCCACCCAGUGCAUUUGGGCCCAUGGGCCCUCACAGCUGAUGAAAUAUGUGGGUCAGAACCUAUCUAUCCAUUCUGGCCGGUACCGCUCUGUGGUAGACCUCCUGAAAUCUUGGUCUGAGGAGAAGCGGCAUUACUCAUUUCCAGCCCCAAAGGAUUGUACCCCUCACUGCCCUUGGCUCUGCAGUGGUCCUGUCUGCUCCCACUACACCCAGAUGGUGUGGGCAUCCUCCAGUCGGCUGGGCUGUGCUAUCCACACCUGCAGCAGCAUCAAUGUGUGGGGCAGCACCUGGCAGCAGGCUGUGUACCUGGUCUGUAACUAUGCCAUUAAGGGAAACUGGAUUGGAGAGGCACCCUACAAGACAGGGAAGCCAUGCUCUGCAUGUCCCCCCAAUUACCAAGGCAACUGCAACAGCAACAUGUGCUUCUCAGGACUCAAAUCCAACAGGCUCCUGUGGAUCUGAAGAAGCCCAGUGCUAUGGUGCCUCCUGUUGGCCCUGACCUUAGAAACUUCUCCCUGGUCAAAGCCUAGAUUCCCUUUCUUAAAUGUCCAGAAUGUGUCAAAGGUGCCUCGUUGUCUCCUUCCCUAUUUCCUUAGUGACAUCCUUCUUCUCUCAGACCUCUGGGAAGACCCCCAUUUUUCCUUAGUCUGAAUCUCUGAAGCCAGGGCAGCCAGGAACAGAACUGGAAGCUUAGCUUGUGACUCUCAGACUUUCAGCCCAAGACUGUCCACCCAGUGAAAGGCAUUUAUUAAAAAAUCUUUAGCCUGGGGUGGAAAUGUAGCUCAUCCCAGAGAGUGCUUGCCUGGCAUUCCCAAAGUCCUGUUUCAGUUCCCAGCAAGGCAUAUAGGGCUUGUUGGUGCAUACCUGUGGUCCUAGCACUGGGAAGGUAGAGUCAAGAGAAUCAGAAGUUCCGCUACAUAGUAAAUGUGAGGCCAACCUGGGAGAGCAAACAGACAGCAAAAAUAUGUUUUACCUAAAACUCACCUCCACCCAUCAAACUCCAGCCAACUUGGCCAGCCUUUGGGGGCUAGUGGUUUCCUCCUAGGUUGGACACAUUUCAGGUCCUAACUUGCUUCACAGAUGGGGACACUAUACCUCCUUCAACCUAUCUGGAGCCUCUGCAAAGAGCAGAGCCGAGACCCAGAACCCAAAGCCGCUGGCAUCUGACUCUCAAUCUGCCCUGCUCUCUUCUGUCUGCUAUGUCACCACACCACACAUUUUUCCAUCUCAGCUUCAGCAGGCUGAUUCUCUUUUUCUCCCUUCCAAUCUCAUUUUCUC